AUGGACACCUUCCAGGAGGUGUUCCAGAAGGUGGAGAAGAUCGGGGAGGGCACCUAUGGUGUGGUGUACAAGGCUCGCAACAAGCGCACAGGGCAGCUGGUGGCCCUCAAGAAGAUCCGCCUGGACUCGGAGACAGAGGGUGUCCCUAGCACUGCCAUCCGAGAAAUCUCACUGCUGAAGGAGCUGAAGCACCCCAACAUAGUCAGGCUUCUAGAUGUCAUACACAGUCAGAAGAAGCUCUAUUUGGUGUUUGAGUAUUUGAAUCAGGACCUGAAGAAAUACAUGGACUCAUCUCGAGCUGGAGAGAUUCCUUUAAGCUUGGUCAAGAACUACCUUUUCCAGCUGCUCCAGGGUGUCAGCUUCUGCCACUCGCACAGAGUCAUCCACAGGGACUUGAAGCCACAGAACUUGCUCAUUAAUGAAGCAGGAGCAAUCAAGCUGGCUGAUUUUGGACUGGCAAGAGCUUUUGGAGUGCCCCUGCGCACAUACACUCAUGAGGUGGUGACUCUGUGGUACCGAGCCCCUGAAAUCCUGCUGGGAUGCAAAUACUACUCAACUGCUGUGGAUAUCUGGAGCAUCGGCUGCAUCUUUGCAGAAAUGGUGACCAGGAAGGCUCUGUUUCCAGGGGACUCUGAGAUUGAUCAGCUGUUCCGGAUCUUUCGCACCCUGGGCACUCCCACGGAGGCGAGCUGGCCUGGGGUGACCCAGCUGCCUGACUACAAGAGGGACUUUCCCCGGUGGGCAAGGAAGGAGAUGAAAGAGAUUGUUCCCAACUUAGAUCGAGAUGGCAGAGACUUACUGGUGCAAUUGCUCCUCUACGACCCCAGCAGGCGCAUCUCAGCCAAGGCAGCCCUCAGUCACCGCUACUUCCUCUGGAGAAGCCCUCGGAGCCCUGAGGAGCAACUUGUGCUGCAGAGACACUACCGAUGA